CAUCAUUUAUUUCUCCUCGUGAAUAAGGAAGAAAAAAAAAAGACAUGUCUGUUCUGUUCUGUUCUUUUUUUUUUGUCACAUUGUACACUACAACAACAAUAACCUGCUAGCAGGAAUUUCGAGUCUUCAACGACCCGAAAGCUAAUUACCCCGGCAUCUAUCAAGUCUUCAACAGACAUGCCCGAGCCGAGUAUUAUUACUAUUCAUUUGUAUGACGAAUUCCACUGUCCACUUAUACCCGGUCUUCAUUUAUUUCCCUUCGUCCCAGUCCCCAGUUUAGCGCAAGUGCCAUGUCCUCCAUAAAGACACUCGGUGUUGAACAUGAACAUGAACAUAAACAUGAGGAUGGACCUGAACCUGAACCUGAACCGCAACCGAUCCGCAUCGCCAUCUUACUCAACUCGUAUCGGUCCCGCCUCCUCCCCGCCAUCAGGGCGUCCUACGAGCGGACCAUAGGCGCCGUGGCCCCGGACGCCCGGCUGGCCUUCUACGAGCCCGCCAACAAGACCGGCCACGGCCAGUUUCCCGACCCGGCCUUCUUCGACCUCAUCGUGUUCGGCGGGUCCAACGUCGACCCGCGCAAGUCCCACCCGUGGAUCCUGGAUGUGCAUCGCUUCCUCCGCCGCCUCGUGGCCCAGUACCCCGAGAAGAAGAUCCUCGGCAUCUGCUGGGGCCACCAGACCAUCUCCCGCGUCUUCGGCGGCAAGGUCGUCGACGCCCCGCGCCCGGAAAUGGGCGUAGCGGACGUAACCCUGACCGCAGCGGGAAGAAAGUUCUUCCCGGCCUUCGCUUCCGCAGGGGCCCUGAAGCUGCAGCAGCACCACCGGCGGGAAGUCAGCCGCGCGCCGCCCGGGUUCGCGCCGCUCGCGCGGGGCAACCAGUGCCUGCUGGGCGCGGGCAACACGAUCCUGACGUUCCAGGGGCACCCGGAGAAGGACGCGGAGGCGGCGCGCCUGCGCCUGCACGACUCGCUGCGCUGGUUCGGCUUCGACGCCCGCCUCGACGAAAAGGCCUGGCUCCGCCUCUGCGAGUCCGUCGAGAUGCAGCACGACGGCGCCGCCGUCUGGGCCCGCGUCUUCGAGUGGCUGAGGGAGCCGCCGACGCGCUUGGGGCCGGAUGGGGAUGGGAAUGGGGUGGUGGAUGGUAAUAAUUAAUAAUGGAAGCGAGAUGUAAUUUAUGCAUUUAAACUUGUUUACUCGUCGGGUAUAUAAGGGACCUAACUUUGUACUUAAUCCUUACGGCGGGACACCGUUUUAGUCUGCUGUUUUGAAUAUAAAUACUUAAUCA